UACUUCAUCUGUCACAUCGACAUGGGGACGCUGCCACUUCUUUUUAUUUCGCUGGUGUUUCUGCGUCUCAUUGAAGGUUCUGUUGAUGUGACUCCUGUAUUUGUGCAGACGGGAGGAGAUGUCCUUCUGGAUGGACACAAACCUUCAGUCCUUGAAGAUGGCUUUGUUUUUUCAUGGAAAAUUAAUGACACAAAUAUAAUAAGAUUUUUACCUCCUCGUGAACCAAUUUUUCAUAAGUCAUAUGAAGAAAGAGCUGAGUUUACUGCAGAAAACUUCUCUUUGCUUUUGAAGGAUCUACAGAAAGCCGACAGUGGACUUUAUGUUGGUUUUAUUCAAGGGGAUAAAGAUAGAAUAACAGCACAAUACAACGUCAUAGUUGUUGAUCCAGUGUCUCCAGUUGUCCUGCAGGUGGACUCUGUCUCCAACACGUCUGUCUCCUGUGACAUCACUCUGACCUGCAGCACAAACGACUCUGACAUCAUCAUCCUCAGCGCCAACUUCACAUGUCAAAAACAAACCUGCUCUCUGUGGGGAGGUCAGGGGUCAAAGGUCACCCCCUCUGUGGCAUCCCUCCACAUCUACAUGUCAAAUGGCUUUAUUAUCUGUAACCAUAGCAACCAGGUCAGCAAAACCAACGCAACCAAGAAGAUCGAUCAAGUUUGUCCUCAAAAUGCAGGUCCUCCUCCAUCUUCUGGACUUCCACUCAUUUUGACACUUGCCAUUGUAGUAGUCGUCACGUUGCUGUUGGUGUUGGUUGGUGUUUGCUGCAGAGCUUCAUGGCAGGUUUCUUUUUGCACAGCAUGUGAUGUUUAUCAGACUGAACUGCCAGCCAGUACUGAGUGUCCAGGUCCUCCAAAAGAAGCUUCAGAUGUCUCUCCAUUCUCCACCUACAGCCUGGUAGGACUUCAUACUGGACCCACACGAAGCACCGAGGCUGCAGGAAACACGCUGUACGCUGAGGUUCAGAAAGGCAAAAGGCCCAGAGAGGAGAACGCCGAGCUGCUGCCGUCCAACCAACACGGCUGAGCACCAACUGGCACAGGAGACAAUGAAGAAAAUGUACACAGAAAAAAAUCAUCAUCUCAUUAUAUUCUUUUGAUGUAAAAGGCAGCUGUGUGGACCAAUGCAUGGAAGAAUUUUAGCAAAAAUAAAUAAAUAAAUAAUAAAAAAAACAAAAACCUCCACCUCCAACAGAAAGGAUUAAAGAUCAGAAGUCAAGGUCAAAGCUCAGUGGUCAUGGGUCGCUGUGUAAAUAUUUAAUAUUAAUACUAAUUAAAACUACAAAUAAUCAGACCACAUGUUCAGUCAGUUACUCUGUAUUAGCAAAACUCUGAACCCUGACCCACACCUACCCUGACCCACGUUAACCCUGACCCACACUAACCCUGACCCACAUCAACGCUGACCCAUGCCAACCUUCAAUCAAUCAAUCAAUCAAUUUUUUUAUAUAGCGCCAAAUCACAACAAACAGUUGCCCCAAGGCGCUUUAUAUUGUAAGGCAAGGCCAUACAAUAAUUAUGUAAAACCCCAACGGUCAA